UUAGUAUAUUUUUGGGGGGUGUGCGUGCGGUGUGAGUGAGCGAGAGGGUGCGCGCGCGCCCUUUGCAAUUUCCAAAAAGGAAAAAAAAAGAUUAUAUUAAUGGCCAUGAGUUCCUUCUUGAUCAACUCCAACUAUGUGGACCCCAAAUUCCCACCAUGCGAAGAAUAUUCCCAGCACGAUUACCUUCCCAGUCAUUCUCCGGAAUAUUUCAGCGGCCAGAGGCGAGAGGAGAACUCUUUCCGACACGAGGCGUUGUACCCAGCGCGGUCCGCCUGUAACCAACCAUCCUACCCUCCUUGCCAGGGCUCUGGGCACCAACCCGCCGUCCUAUCUCCCCGCCGGAGCCAGCAUGUCCUUGCUCCAGCUGGACUUCCGAACCAUCUGUCCGAACCAAACCACACUUGCGAAUCCAUCACGCCAAGCCCACCGCCUUCCUGUAGCCAAAACUCUCUCAACCAAAGCCCGGCCGCUUGCAAAGAGCCGGUAGUUUAUCCCUGGAUGAAGAAGGUUCACGUUAGCACGGUCAACCCCAACUACACGGGAGGGGAACCGAAGCGCUCCCGGACCGCCUACACCAGGCAGCAAGUCCUGGAGCUGGAGAAGGAGUUCCACUACAACCGUUACCUCACCCGGCGGCGGAGGGUGGAGAUCGCCCACUCCCUUUGCCUCUCCGAGCGCCAGAUCAAGAUUUGGUUCCAAAACCGGAGGAUGAAGUGGAAAAAAGACCACAAGUUGCCCAAUACUAAGAUCCGGUCCAGUUCUGCCCCCAGCCUCCCGGUGCAAGGCGGGGGAGGAGGAGGAGGAGGAGGAGGAGCAGGCCCCCAGGACCGAACCAAUGGACCCACCCCCACCCCCACCACCAACCUAUAACCCUCUAUUGAACGUGGUCUUUGUGUGUGUGUGUGUGUGUGUGUGUGUGUGUGUGUGUGUGUCUGUGUGGAUGUGUGUGCUAAGGACUGGUUAUGAAAGGGAGGGAGGGAGUUGCUGAGGCUUCUCUUUUCCCUUGAGGAAGAAACA